CGCGCAAAAAAAAAUCCCGAAAUGGGGGCAUUCCAGAAUGGUCCAGAAAGAAUGACAAAGCAAGCACGGCCCAGUCCAUAUCCACACAGCCACCCGCAAAUGCCACUCCUCCGUCGCGAACCACCACUAGCACUACCACCAACCACCAACCACCAAAACCACCUUUUACAACCACGACAAUAAACAAUGCUGACCCAUCUCCUCCAAAAACUAAACCACAAACCACCCACCAUCACCACCAUCCUGCUCCGCCAUAAAACCACUUCAUCCGAAUACGUAUCUUCAAGAAACCGUGACCCAACUUUCGAAAAGCUAAUGGACAAAUACAAAAACCUCUUUAAAGUCAUCUCAAUUCAAGACCUCAUCCUCGGCACAACCACUACCACUAACGCCGUCUCCAUCGACUUCCUCAACCGUUUAUCCCAACGCCUCCAUCUCAACCGUGGCGCCACUCAUUUCCUCCGUAAAUACCCACACAUUUUCCACAUUUUCCAUCACCCCACAAAACUACAACCUCAUUGUACACUCACACAAACUGCACUUAAUAUCGCUCAUCAAGAAGGUGCUGCUAUUAAUGCUGAUUUGCAAGUUGUGGUUAACCGGCUGGUUCGUUUGUUGUCGAUGUCGUCGACUAAAGAAUUGCCCCUUAGAGCUAUUUUUAAGGUUUUUAGGGAACUUGGGUUGCCUGAUGAUUUUGAGGAUAGUGUAAUCUUGAAAAGAUCUGAUCUUUUUGCGGUUCUUGAUAGUGGGAAUGAACCGAACACUCAUGUGUUGAAACUUGUUGAGGAUGCAGAGAAGGGGGAUUUAGUUGCAGCUGUUGAUGAGUGGAGAGUAAUGGAAUGUCGUCAAGAGGAUUGUGGGGUUGAUAGGAGUGAGAUUUUGUAUAGUUUUAAGCAUAGUUAUCCACCAGGGAUGAAGUUGAGGAGGAAUUUUAAGACAAAGGUUAACGAAUGGCAACGGUUGAAGUAUGUAGGGCCGUAUGAGGCGGUGGAGAUUGGAGAGAAGAGGAAGAAGAGUAAGAUUGGGAUGAUGGAGAUGGAGAAGAGGGCGGUCGGGGUUGUGCAUGAGUUUUUGAGUUUGACGGUGGAGAAAAUGGUCGAGGUAGAGAAGAUUAGUCAUUUUAGGAAGUGGUUUGGGAUUGAUUUGAAUAUAAGGGACUUGUUUUUGGAUCAUCCAGGUAUAUUUUAUUUGUCGACGAAAGGGUAUAGGCAUACGGUGUUUUUGAGGGAGGCUUAUGAAAGAGGAUGUUUGAUUGAACCAAAUCCAAUGUAUGAGGCUAGGAGGAAGCUUCUUGAUCUUGUUAUUUUGGGACGACGUGGGUUAUCUAAAGGUCAUUCUGGGCCAACAGGUGUGAGCCAGGGUGAAGAUGGUGGUAUUGAAGAGGUGAAGACUGAUUCAGAUGAAGAUUGAAUUACCGAGAGCUUGCGGCCAUACCUUAAAUGCAGGAUGCUAUGCAAUUGCUAAAGGCCCUGACCAAAAGGAUCAUAGAAGUCAAGAAGCGUUGAACAAAUUCCUAGCAAUAUAAAAUGGGGGGAGCUGUGUAACAUCUGCAUUAGCAGAGACCUGCGUCCGGGAAAAAGGCUGAGUCUCCUUUACUAAUUACAAAUGUAACACCAAGACGUGCUUCAUUGAAAUGGAUGAUGACCUGUGCAAGUUAGCAAGUGAAUGUUUAAUUGAUAUUUUAAAGAGCUGCAUGUCAUUAGAAUUUGUGAUCUUUGGCUGAAGCAGAGGCUGUAAUGCUUGUAGUGCCCUGCUUUCUGAAUUCUGAACUAUGUGUGACUCUGUUCGGUUGUCACAAAUCUACUUAGCCAAUGUAGAUACCAGCUCCACUUGUAACUUCUAGAAGCUGAUGUGAAGCGAGUCUGAGCCUUAGUGUAUCAUUUUGGAAAAGGAAGUACAGAUCCUGCAUGAUUUGGGGUGAGGAGCAAUUCAGAUGGAUACUUGAGCAAGUGUCGUUGAGUAUCUUACUUUGCUCACAAAUAAUCAUGGUCACUUAGGUAUUAUGCUCUGCACGUUGUGUUGUACUUUGCUCUCAAAUCCUAGCAGCGACAAAACCAUGGGUGUUUCGGUCCAUCUGCCUAAGCCUUGAUACCUUUGCCGGCAGGAGGUAGCAGGUACCUAGUGAGAUGGUCGAGGUGCAUGCAAGUUAUUUCGGACACCACCUUUGGGUCUUUCUUCCCUCCUUUUUAUGUAUGAGUUGAGACGGAAGCUGAUAUUACUUGAAGAAGAAUGUAAACUAAAAUUUUGGAAUUUGAUUUUGGAAGGAUGCAACAUAUGAUACAGCCCCUAGGAGUUAUUUGUUAUAUUUCCUAUAUUUGAUAUCCCCCCUCUUCCAUUCCAUUUUCAUAGCAUGCUUUCAAUUAGUCAUUGUG